UACCUGGGUGAUGCCAAAACUUCUCGUUAGUUACAAGACGUUCAACUGAUGUGUCUUGAUAUGAAGUAUUCCUGACAACAACUGGCUUCUUGGUGGAAGGUUGUUUCUUGUUCCCCAACUUAGAAUCUAUGGAGCUUUGGCUCAUUAAAGUUGACCUCCCAUUUGAGAAUUGGGAAGCUUUUUGCUGCCUCAACUCAAGUCAGCAGGCUGCUUCCAUGAACUCUGCCUUGGAAUAGGUGGCAAGUGUCCUUCUGCAGGAAAAUCUGCUUCGCUUAGCCUCCUAAGCUCUGCUGAUUGUCCAGAAUUUACAUCACCGUUACGUUCAUUUUUAGGUUGACAAGCCUCUACAGAAAUCGUCCCCUCGUUACAUGAUAGGUCAACUGACUUUUGAUCCUUGAUUGAACGGUAUUUGGCUGCCUCUUAGGUGUCAAUGAUUUCACAGCCCCGGGGCUUGCUUCAAUUCAUCUAGUAUAUUAAUUAAGACAGUCUGUCUAGCACGCUUUUUUCCUAACAUUGCUCCUUUGGGAAAUCUUAAACAACGUACUUCAAACAUAACAGUACCAAAACCCAAGAUCCCUUUUGUCAACGAAAUGAAAAACAAUCAACGACAACAACAAUGUCCGGUAACCGAAAAACCCUAACCCUACAUUCCAGCACUCAGCAAUUAUCGAAUUAUGGAUCUUCCCUCACGCAAUUGGAAGCCUUUGUUACCUCUUCUCCUCCUCGCCCUUCUAUUAUUCUACGAAGAACGGGUCUCCCUUCCUUCUUGCACUCUCGUACCCAGUAACUCCCGUCAAAACGACGCUGCUGAAGAGAAAAAUCUGGAUGAUGACUUGAAAGUAAUGAUAGUCGCAAAUUUGUUACUAGUUGGUUCCAAAACUAGUUACUUUGACCUCUAUUUUAGAGAUUAUUACAUGUCCAAAUUCUUCAGGAAAUCUUUUCGCAGUUUGAAGCCCGAUAUGCUGCUAGUUUUGGGAGAUGUAUCUGCUGCAGGAUUUGAAUUGUCGAAAAGUAAAUGGGUAUCUGUGCUACAUCAAUUUCAUGGAAUUUUGGGACCAUUUCUUGAGCUGCCCGUUCAUGUUGUUCUUGGUGAUAGAGAUAUUGGGGAAUGUAGUAAGCUCAAUUCGAGUUCUGUUCAUUGGGUAUCGAGGAAUUUUCCUGGUUUAGAUUCAGCUGGUUGUGGUGGUUUUGACAUUAGUAAUGUUAGCUUUGUCUCACUUAAUGCUGUUGCUUUGCUCUGUGGUAACAAUAAGUUGAGAUUUAGCGUUGAAAAGGCGAUUGAGACUGAAAGUAUAGAUCUUAGAAUGGGAACUGAAGGCGCAAUGGAUGGUAUUGUAAAUUUUAGGAAACUGCCUGAUAGCUUUAGUUGGAAAGAGAAUGCAAUGUCGUCUGGAUCUGGUCCUGUUCUUCUACUUCAUUUCCCCUUGCACCGAACGGCAAAUGACAAUUGUAAGGGUCACAACAGUAUCGAGAAAGCUGCUACAUCUUUUCAGGAUGACACAGAUGCAUUAGAAAGCAGAGGACCCUAUGAUUUAUUGCAUACUGUUCCACCAAAUGCUUCUGAGUAUAUUUUUCAAGCUCUCAAACCAAGGAUAAUUUUCAGUGCUCAUAGCCAUGAAUUUUGUGAUUACACUCACUCAGACGGGAUUCGUGAGGUGACUGUUCCUGCAAUGACAUGGAAAGCAAGGGAUGACCCUGGUUUUAUUAUUGCCACCUUCCAUGGUGUCAAAAGAUCUGUCAGCUGCAUUCCUCUAACAAAAUUAGCUUCAAAUGGGACUUCAAGGUCCUGUGUUAUGCUCGAUGUUACUAUACUCACAGACUGAGAAUACACUGAUGCGAUAACUUCUAUAGGAAUUUGUUUUACUUUUAAUUAUUAGUUGGCAUUACAUCUAUUAACUUCACUGUCAGGCCUUGACCUAUAAGCAGUGGAAUUGUGUCAGUGUUGCAAUCUAGUCUCAAAUUAUAGCAGAGUGGAUAGUAUUUUCUACGAGACUGGAUUUCACAUAUCCAGAUUUGUUGAUAGAGAGUUGAAUUAUUACAAUUGAUUACCAUGGUUAUGCAAAUAUCACCAACCAUUGGUGCUGAUUUUCGUGCCUUUAGAUGCACAAUAGACAAGAUUAUGUAACAACUAAAAGCAUCAUCACUCUGGUUUUAGUCCAGUUUUCAUACAUAUUUGGGUUUCGGGAGAAUAUAACAUUGGAACAGUGUACAAUUAGCCGUUCAUUACCAUUUUUCUUUCAAAUUUUUAUCGUGCAUUUGUUCUUGCAACACAAGUUUCUGUCUUGUUCAUGGAGUUUGUCAUCAGAACCAAAGACUCUUGUUCAAGUAAUUUGACAAAUGCUAGAAUUCAUUAAACAAUAGUUCUUUUUAUAAGCACAGCAGUCAUAAUUUUGCUUCUAUGGAAAAUAGUCCAUUCGAAUUUUAUUUUAUUUUGCUUAGGCCUCUAAAUUUGGCAAUCCAUUAAUGGACACUUUCUGUUCGGAAAAUGAUUUUUAUUUUCAAAUAAUUAUGUUAAUUGGAUACUCUUUGUCUCCAACAAGCAAGUACUGAGAACCUUUUUCCAUCACCAUUAGACCAUCUUCAUUAGCGCUGCUAAGGUGCUCACAAGGGUUUAGCUUAUACUCAAUAUCAGUAUUCUCCCUGGCAUCAAGUUUCACACUUUGGAACCCAACCAACUUCUUUAUCGGGCUCCCACUUCCAAAUACUUCUUGCCUUGUGAAAAGCAACACUGGAUGCUUUCCUGUCAUCUCGCCUUGAUUUUUCACUCUUACAGUAACUGAAAACUUGCUCUUUUCACAGAGUUCUUCCCCCAACUCUGCAACUGUCUUGUAACCAACUGUAUUUGAAUUUUCAUCUUCUUGUUCAUCUAAUGAUCUUAAGGAGAUCUUGUUUUGUGUAAAAGAGAUAAGCUCAUAAGAAUAGUUUGAGUAGCUUAGACCAUAACCGAAUUCAAAAACCUUUUUGCCUUUAUAGAAUCUAUACGUUCGGCCAGGAUAACCUGAAGAUGGUUCUGGUCGCAUCCUCAUGUCUGUCAUCGGGACUUUUGUGAAAUCUUGUGGGUACCAAGUCAUCGGCAACCUGCCUCCUGCAAGUCAGCAUGUCUAGCAUUGUAAAUCAGAGGUAAUUUGUCACAAAUUUUACUUUUUGUUCAUUUUUUCUGACUCCUGCUUUUGAUUAAAGAAAUAUGAUGAUGUAUUAGUAUAGUAGAAGCUUAUACCUGGGUUGAUGUCACCAAACAUGAUUUCUGCAAGUGCAAUGCCUCCAGCUUCACCCGGAUAACCAGCCCACAAAAUGCUUCCAAUGUUGUGAUCGUAUUUGGCGAAAGAUAUGUCUACUGGUCCCCCACAUAAAAGCACAAGAACCACAGGUUUCUUUGCAGCUCGUGCAACACCGACUAUCAGCUCCUGCUGCUUUCCAGGUAGGAGCAAGUCUACACGAUCAAGUUCUUCCCUUUCCUGUGUUUGAUCAAGUCCCAUGACUAACACCACUUGGUCUGCCUCUUUGGCUAUCUUUACUGCUUGGUCAAUUGCAGCAGAGGAACAUGCCACUGUGCUACAACCUGGGUGAUACUUAAUGUUUUUAACAUAAUUUUGUAGUCCUUGCAGCGGUGUAACAGUUUUGCAUGGAGGGCCUGCAUAAUUUCCAACAAGGAUGGUUGAAUUGUCAGCAUUUGGACCGAUAAUUGCAAGGGAUGUGGUUUUUGAUUUCGAAAGAGGGAGCUGAUUAGAGUUCUUUAGCAGAACAAUGCCAUCGCGAGCUGCUUCAAGAGCUACAGCCUGAUGUUCUUGAGAACAAACCUGAUCUGCACCAAUUUUUCCAUAAGGCAGGUUAGUUGGAUUGCCAUUGAAUAGUCCUAGCCUCAUCCUAAUGGAGAAGAGGUUGUUAAGGGCUCUGUCUAUUUCAGAUACAGAGACUUUCUUCUUUUCAACUGCUGAUUUGGUGUACUUCUUCAAAUAAUUCCCGCAGUUCACAUCCAUCCCUGUAAGUUUACAGUUCUAAAAUGUUAGAACACAGAUGAUAUUAAGCUACUUCUCAUUAAUUUUUUAUUGAAUUAUAGAUAGAUAGCGAAUGGAGUAAGGUUUCAUGA